AGCGAUGGCUUCCUCCCUCCUUCAAUAGCUUUCUCCUUUUUAAGUUCUGAGUUUGUUUAAGUGUAAGUUGUCUACUACAUGCCAUUCUUUUUUCAUUGCCAUUUGGUAAUACAUCGUUCUCCACUUCUCCUUUCUAACCGUAAAACAAAACAUCAUCAUUUCAUUCUAUUUUUAGUAAAAUAGUUGUUUGUCUUCCAUCCAAAGAAAUUUUCCAGCCAUUUGGACUAUACAUCAUAUCACCUUCAUAGAUUUCUAAGGAAAGUUGAGAUUACAAUAUAUAGAAAGCAAAUCAGAUUUCAAAGUCUGGUUUAGGAAGAGAAUCAUCAAAGAAAGCAAGUAUUUUUGAAUUUCCAACCAAAAGAGUAUUAAGGCAAAGGCAUUUAUUACCUUACUUGUUACCAUUUAAUGCUCCCAACUACAUAAUUACCAACAGGAAGCAGCAGUGGUAGGUACAGUAAGGUAAAAAUUGAAGGACAUGGCCAUGGAAGCCAUCAGAGGACGUUGGGCAGAUUUAGGGCUUGUGAAUACUAUCUAUGAAGAUGAUAUUGAAGAUUCCUCCACUUCCCUUUCUGUCUCCCCAGAAAUCUCCCCAUCUCCUUCACCUCCCUGCUCUCGAGUUGUCUCCUGGUCCCAAGCUACAGGAAAUGACACUGAUGUAGUUAUACGUGUUGAGGAGUCACGUUUUCGCCUACACAAGGAUCCGUUGACAGCAAGGAGUGGAUUUCUGAAAAGGAACCUGAAGGGCCAGUCCGAAUUAACCCUCUCUCCGCCGUUAAAGAUAACGGCAGAAAUAUUUUCUUUAAUCGCCGAGUUUUGUUACGAUGCGCACAUAGUCAUAACGCCGUUUAACGUCGCCGCUCUUCGUACGGCGGCGGAGUUGCUAGAAAUGACGGAGGCUAAUAACAUGGCGGGUGGUGAGAACUUGGCACAGAAAACGGAAGCUUAUUUUCGCCGUGUAAUUGCCGUUAACCGAGAGUAUGCAUCAAUUGUGCUGCGUUCUUGCGUUCCGCUGCUGCCGGAAUGUGAAACGAUGUCGUCAGUGUUGAGUAGAUGUAUUGAAGCGUUAAGUUUGGCUGACGAUGGUAACGGCGUUAUGAGGUGCCUCAACGACGUUAAAGAGUUGCGACCCGUGGAUUUUCAAUUAGUCGUUCAGUCAAUGAAUCGGUGGUUGAGCGGAAGCCAUGACCAGCUCUAUAGAGUUGUUGACCUUUAUCUUAAGGGAUACAAGGGCAAGAUAUCAGAUGAAGAAAAAAUAGCAAUGUGCAAUUACAUCGACUGUACCAUUCUCUCGCCUCAACUUCUAAUGCAUGCGGUCCAAAACUCAAGAAUGCCAUUAAGGUUUGUGGUCCAAGCCAUGUUUGUGGAACAAUUAAACACACGUCGCUCUAUCCUCACCGCGACUGCGGCCGACAACCACCACCAUCAUCACAUUAAUCAUCUCCAAAACAAAAACGAAGUCAGUUUAGGUACAACUUAAGUGGCACAACUUAAGGCAGCGAUGAAUGCCACGAGCUCGCGAAUCCAGAGCUUGGAGAAUGAAUUGAGUGGUAUGAGGAAGCUUCUUAAAGAAUCAGAUCAAAACACGAAGAGUAAUUUGACGCAUGAUUCUGCUCGGUCUGCUAGUUUUCGAUUGAGUUCCGAGAAUAAGAUUGAUAGAGGACAAAUUGGAUCAGUUUCCUCAGCGAGCUUUCGGAUUCUUACAGGUAGAGAAAGAGGAUUACUUGCGUCGUCUAAUUCAUCAGAAGUGUCGUACGAGUUAAGUAUGAAAGUGGAAAAGAGUAACUUUAGUCGAAGGUUUAUGAAUGGAUUGAAGAGUGCAUUCCGAGUGUCAAAGAAGAAAACAGAGAGUAAGGUAGAAAAUGUAAAAGAGGAAGAUGGUAAAGACGUUGUGGUGAUUAAGAAGGAUGUACCUUUUCGCAGGCAACCUCGUUCUCAAGAUCAGUAAAAUCUGUUCGUUUCACAAUUCUUUUAAAUUUAUUUGUGUUUUAUGAGAUUCUAUUGAGAUUGGCUUCCUGACAAGACUACGUUUGUCUAAAGUGUAAAGUUGGUAGUUACUCCUUUUUUUAGUAGGAUUGAUUUGGGGGGUACUGGUGUAGGAUUUAAAUGGAGUUACUAGCUGAUUGCUGUGUGUAAAGUGAAUUGCACGAUCUCUUCCUUACAAUUAUGACAUUGGACCCCAAAUUACUUU